UGAAGAGCCAUCGAGAAAUCCCAUAAGGCUCAGCUGGUUAACCUGACACAGAAGAGCUGCUGCAAGCUGUCGAGAGCUAAACAAGCUACUAAAUAUACUAUUUGACAUGUAGGGUUUGAAGUCGAAGCGUUGAAGUGUGAAAUAAAGAAGUUUGCGUGAUGUUUACUGUCUAGCUGACGGCUAACAGAUCCGAUCUACUCUGUAUUACGACAUCAAUCUUCCAGAACCUUUACACGCUUAUUCGUCGCUUGUUAAAUUGUUAAAACACCACUUAUUAACGGUCAUCAGUGUAUUAAAGAUUGUAAACCAGGUUUGGAAACGGUCUGGCCCUGAAAGCGACUUGAUUGAGUGCCUUAUGACAUAAGAUUGUUUACUGGCUGUUAAACGGUGUGAUCUUUAAUCUUUUACUGAGACCUCAUUGGACAUGGACAUGAAUUCUGCGUCGUUCAUAUAAACACUGGUUUGGGGACCAUACACGAUAUUGAAUGCUGCUGGAGUUUUGAAUCCACUGAAGUUGUUUGAUGCAUAGCCUUCUGAUAAAGCAAGACAAAAAUGGAGGAUAAUUUAAAAAGAUCUUCACCGAAGGAUCAGACAGGCCAGUCCUCAUGUGAAGACUGGUUUAAGAGAAGGCAAAGAUCAGUAGACCAUCAGUAUGACACGACACCAAGAAAGCACAGCUACAACAACAGCUCUCAUGUCACCUCCAAGAGUGCUUCUCUCAAAACUCAUCGUAGUGGACUAAAUGAUGGCUCAAACAAGGACAGUAGAGCUGAGCCUUCCCCCCAGGAUAAAAGAAUCAGCAGAAGAUCAACAGACAGAAGAGGUUACAGAGGGACCACACUUACUCCAAACCCUGCUGACAGAGCUAAAUCUGCAGUUACAUGUAGUAGCACAUUUGAAAUGAAACUGACAGACUUCCCUGAAUUGGGUGACAUCACACUCCGCAACCCCUCAGCAAACUCUUGGCACCAGGAACCAUCAACAGGUGUUGGCACAGUCAUGCCAGCAGAGCGACCGAGUUCACCAGCAGUCAUCUGGAAGAGUGUAUCAAAGCGAAGAACCAAGUCUGCUCAGCAAGUCCCAUCAAGUGGAAAGAGUGACACUUUGUCAGCUGUCACAGCAGAUCCGGAUAGUGCAUUAUCCAAUCCCAUUGGAUCUCCUGCACCAUCCUGGGCAAAUAUUGCCUCUCAGCCUCCCAAAGUAAUCCAGACAAUUCCCAAAGCCAGUGCAUCCUCUCAGGAGGAUUUAUCGGCACAACCAACAGAACAGAAAGCAGAGAAGAAGAGAAGAAAGAAAAAGAAGAAAUCCAAAACAGCCUCUGAAGACAUAAAGGAGCAGACACCAGAGGAACAUUUCAUACAGCAGGAACCACCAAAGUUUGAGGAUGAAGAGGAAUUUCCAGACCUGUCACUUGCAUUUGAACUCAAAAGACAUUCUGGAGCACAGAAAGAAGGAUUGUCUCUAAAUCCGGAGAUAAAAUUCAAAUCCACUAAUUCUGCCUCUAGAGACACUAAGAAAACACAGCAGACUAGUCAGAAGAAGUCAAAAGUUCCUGUACAGCUUGACCUUGGAAACAUGCUGACAUUUCUUGAACAGAAGCAACAGUCUCAGAAAUCAAAACAAGACCAGCGGCCAGUAAUGCUAUCAGUUGGUGGAGCUCUACCUGUAGUACACAAAGAACCUUUAGUUCAGAAGAAGCCAUGGCAGCAAGAAAAGACACCACACAACCCACUGGACUCCACCUGUCCUUUAGUGAAAAAGGGAAAGCAACGAGAAGUUCCCAAGGCAAAGAAACCAACACCACUGAAAAGAGUCAUUCUGCGGGAAAGAGAGGAGAGAAAACAGAACCGCUUGCUAGUGGAGAGAGACCCAGCCAGUGUGGCCGCCGAACCUUGUGAAAAGGAAACUAGUAAUAGCGAAAACCCUUCUGAAACAAGUCUGACUGACCAGGACCAACAUGUUCUAACAGAUACAGAUGACAACCCUGAAGUUGUUGGUACUGAAGAGUCGGAGAGUGACCAGCCUGCUUCACCAUCUAAUGACACGUUGGAAAACGGUGUGGUAGAAAAUGCAACACUACAAACCUGCAAUCCCAGUUCUAAACCCAAUCUUCCCAAAAUCCACAGCAGGAAGUUUAGAGACUACUGCAACCAGGUACUUAGCAAAGAUGUAGAUGAAUGUGUGAGUGGCUUAUUGAAGGAGCUGGUGAGGUUUCAGGAUCGUCUGUAUCAGAAAGAUCCCAUGAAAGCCAGGAUGAAGCGGCGUCUGGUCAUGGGCCUCAGAGAAGUGCUGAAGCACCUCAAACUUAAGAAGGUCAAGUGCGUUAUCAUCUCGCCCAACUGUGAACGGAUUCAGUCCAAAGGUGGUCUAGAUGAGGCUCUUCACACUAUUAUUGAAACGUGCCGUGAUCAAGGCGUUCCAUUCGUGUUCGCCUUGUCGAGAAAGGCACUGGGCCGCUGUGUUAAUAAAGCCGUCCCUGUCAGCUUGGUGGGCAUCUUUAACUAUGACGGUGCUCAGGACCACUAUCAUAAAAUGAUUGAGUUAUCGGCUGAGGCGAGAAAGGCCUAUGAAGUGAUGAUUGCAAAUCUCGAGGCAGCAUCACAGGAGCAGGAGGAAGUGCAGGACGUGGAGCCACCGGUGGAACCUUCUGAACCUGAUGAGCCAGAGUACAUAAAAAUCUGGAAGAAAAUGCUGGAGAAAGAUUACAACCACCCCUUCCUGAACUUUGAGGAGCAGUUUUCAUCUGUCUCCAUCCAUUCAGAUCAGCUGCUGAAUGACCACGAAGGAAGUUGAUGGAGGUACACAAAUGAGUGAGACAAAAUGUUAGUUUUGCUGGGUGAGGCUUUAGGACAUGGAUCAUGUGCGAUAAUGAAAAAGUCCAUUGAAGAGGAAUCGCUUGAAGUACCAAAUGUGCCUAUGAUUAAGUCUAGAGGAUUAUAUUGAAAUUAAAAAUGUAAACUUAUUCCUGUGGCCUGGAAUGCUGUAAUAAACCAAGAAGCAAUACAGCUGAAAAUGGAGAACAGCCCUUGACUAACAAUAUUUUCUUAGAGGUAUCACAUAGUUUGUUUCGCAGUCUGAAUGGUGAAUAUUUUUGCAAAUAUCUAUAAUCACUCUAUUUCUAUUAAAAUAAGUGUUAAUAGUUUAAUAUUGAUCCUUGAAACAAUCUAGCCCCUAUGAUUAUGUACAUGUUUACAUUUGAAAAACAAAUGUAUUUUCUUUCCAGAAUUGAAUGCACAACUUUACUAAUCAUGACCAACAAAUGUUUGUAAUGACCAUGAACUGUUUGUGGGAAUACCGCCCUCUCUUAGAACUUAAUUCAUAGUCCUCACUUUUAAUGUGUAAGCCACCUUUGGCUGAUCUUCAUUUUUGAAUUCCUCAGCGCUAGCUAAUCCAUUUAUACUGAAUCUCUGUAGUUUCCAGAGUCCUUGUAGGAGGUUCUCUUUUGUAACAUUUACCCAGGUUUAUGUCUUGAUGCUGUUGACUGCAGUUAAUAGAAAAUGUGUAUGUUAUGCAAUUGUGUAGUACUCAGCUGAUCAGUGGUACGUAUACAUGUAGCAUAGAGCUGACAAUUUACAACUUCACUUUGCAGUACUAGGUAACUAAAGGAAUCAUUUCACAUAUACAUUUUCUGCUUUGCUGCUAUGUACUCUGACAUGUAAGGAAUGUUGACUUUGGGACCAGAAACAUCUUUGUGUUUGUGAAGAAUUCAAUGCAAGCACAAGAGUUUUCUCCAUUAUUUACAAUAGAUUCUUUGCAAUAAACUAGUUUGUCUUUUAUGUGUAAUUUACCCAUCCUUGGAACACUGUUAUAAAGUAAGUGAAAAUUA